CCAAAAGAAAAAAAAACAACUAUGAGAAUCGUUCCUAAGACAGAUAACUACGAAACUGAGCUUGCGGAGCUAACUUUAUCCGUUAACGUCUCCACCGCGACUAAGAGAAGAAAACAAGAAGAUGAAAAAUGGUUCAAACGGUCCGAAAAAAGCAUUUAUGAUUACAAUCUUGAUGAAGACAAUCCUAAGGUUGUAUGCAUAACGGACGGUGUCACAUUUGUCGGCCGGGCUAUUGUAGAACGGCUCUUGCUCCAUGGCUACACCGUUCGAGUCAUCGUCAAUACGCCAGAUGAGCUUGAGAGAGUGAGGGUAAUGAAGGAUGAGAUGGCUAAGUUUUAUGGGAGGAUCGAAGCAGUGUCGGCCAAGUUAACAGAAAUAGAGAGCUUAGUUGAUGCAUUUGAUGGGUGUUACGGCGUUUUCCACACUUCCGGUUUCAUAGACCCAUCUGGGGUCUCUGGCUACUCCAAAUAUAUGGCUGAGAUAGAAGCAAAAGUUAGUGAAAACGUGAUGAACGCAUGUUCGAUGACACAAUCGGUGAGGAGAUGCCUCAUGACUUCUUCUUUGCUAGCUUGCCUAUGGCAAAACAACACGCAGUUGGAUCGCCGUUCUGUGAUUGAUCACUCUAGCUGGAGCGACGAGUCUCUUUGCAAGGACAAAAAACUGUGGUAUGCAUUAGGGAAGCUCAAAGCAGAAAAAAUUGCAUGGAAGAUUGCAGAAAAUAAAGGAUUCAAACUCGUAACAAUAUGUGCGGCUCUUGUCACGUCCCCUAACAUACUUCAACAUAAUUCUACCCCUACAAUAGCUUAUCUUAAAGGAGGCGAGGAGAUGUAUCGAAAUGGUGUACUAGCCACCGUGGAUGUUAACACGCUAGCAAAAGUACAUGUGCGGGUAUACGAGGAAAUGAGACAGCGAUUAAUCUACAAAGGAUUCGAGGGGACAAGUAUUAUUAUUGCUACAUGGACCGUACGAACCCGUUUUGCUUAUCAAACAGAAGACUUUCUUCCCUAAUGUCUACUAUAUAUCCGAUUAGUUGUCUUGGAUCUUAAUUAUAUUUGCUUUGUGAAGUAUUCCUUAUUUUUGUUA